AUGAUGCCAUCCACCACUUGGCCCCACCCUCUCGCCUUCCUCUCACCACCACCCCCUUCUUUGUGCAAGGCACGGCCGCUUCACGCCAUCAACCCCUUGCCCCGUGACGUGCCUCCAGGUUUCCACCGCACCAACCGCCUCGUCUUCUGUUGUCCAACCUCUACCAACCCAGCGUCAUCACCCCUUCCCGCUCAGGCGUCAUCACCCCUUCCCGCUCAGGGCGUCAUCACCCCUUCCCGCGGACGUGACAUCACCCCCCCUCCGCCUGGUGUGCGCCCUGGCCUCCGCCGCACCAACCGCCUGCUCUUCUAUUCCAUUUCCCCUAGCAAUUCGCUCUUCUCACGCCCAUCCCCUACCAGCCCGCUCAUUCCCUAUCCCCUUACCCCUUCCACCCUUUCUUCUUCCAAUCUUCUGCUUCCUCCCCCUCCCCCCCUCCAGGCGCCAUCACCCCCCCUUCCCCUGACGUGCGCCCGAGCCUCCGCCGCACCAACCGCCUGCUCUUCUCGCGCCCGUGGGUCCGCCCACCAGCCCUCGGCCAACCACAGCGCGACACGUGGCGCUUCCACCCUGGCACACGGCACCGGCUUAACCAGGCAAAAGGCAGGCAGAGGGGGCAUGGAUGCGCGGUGGGAUGAGGUGCGGAGGAAGGGGUUCCACCGGCUGCUGCAGGGGUGGCUGCCUCUGCGAUCCCCCAUGGAUGGCUGCUCUGACUGCUUUGUGAGCAGCCCCUUUGGGCCCAGAUGGGGUUCCUUUCAUCGGGGCGUUGACGUGGUGGCAGAAGAGGGCGAGCCAAUCAGAGCUGCUCGCAGUGGUGUUGUGACUCAUGUGGGGGAGAUGGAUGUAGGGUGCACACAGGGCAGGUGGUGGCGCUGGUGGGCAACACUGGGCGGUCCAUGGGGCCGCAUCUGCACUUCGAAG